ACAACAAUUAAGUAAAUGAUUAAAAGCUCCUUAAAACCCAAACUUGUCCUUACCUACUCUCCCGGGCAGCUCCCCACAGCAAAUCUACCUACGAAUCCCUCCCUGCCCGUCCUGCCCGAACUUGACUGGAGAAUUACGGGCAGUCACACGCCAGUACUCUCUCUCUGUCUCUCUGCUCCCUUCUUCUCUCUUUUCUCUCUGAUAUUUUCCCCAUCUUGUUUCUCUCUGUGUCUCUUCGAUCACGAUCCUACGGUCAGGAAUGAACGCAGCCUCCGCCGCUGUUUUCUAGAGGUUUCCGACCCUCAAACCCGCAGAUCUCACUUCCUGGUGUCUGGUUGCCGCAAAAUGGAAAUUAACUACGGUUCGGUCGGAGUCAACGGCGCGUCGCUAACACGCGCCGUGGAGGCCCUGGCUGCUUUGCUGCUCUCGGCUCUGCUCAGGACCCAGCUCUUGGCUCUGGAUCCCCUUGCGUUUUUACCUAACAACGGAGCUGGUAUUAAAGAAGAUCCUCACACUACAUCCCAAGCUAAGCCAGCUGAUGCUGAGGGAGAUGAUGAAGAUGAUGAUGGUGAUGGUGGACUGGAAGAAGGUGAAGAGGACUUGUCAUCUGAAGAAGGAGAAGAGUAUGGCAACAAACCGAACAACAAUAAGAGUAACUCAAAGAAGGCUCCAGAGGGUGGAGCAGGAGGUGGGGCUGAAGAGAAUGGAGAAGAGGAAGAGGGCGAUGAAGAAGAUGGUGAUGACCAAGAAGAUGACAAUGAGGACGACAAUGAUGAAGAGGAUGAUGAUGACGAUGACGACGAUGACAAUGACGAUGGCGGAGAAGAGGAUGAGGAAGGAGCCGACGAGGAGAAUGAGGAGGAGGAAGAAGAUGAAGAUGAGGAAGCACUUCAGCCCCCAAAGAAGAGGAAGAAGUAGAGAGUUAGAAGAAUAGUGAAGCCUCUCUCCAUUGUGACUACCUUGCUUUCUAACUGUUUGUCUAGAUGAGGGAGGGUUUCUUAGGAUGCUGUUUCAAUUUCCAAUUCCGUUGUGUUUAGGUAUAAAAGAGACUGCUUUUGCAUUUCACAAGUAGAGAACAAGUAACUGUUUUAAUAUGUUCUGUUUAGUCACCUUUAUAAUGUUCUGUUGUAGUAUUGUUUCCGUAACUUCAUGACUAUUCAAACGUUGAGAAAUGUUCUACAAUAAAAGUCAUUUAGGCAAAGCUAAUUUUCCUUUUA